UGCUCCGCUGGGGUCUGGGUUGUGGGCGCCGGCGCCCUCUGAGUCCCGUCAUCGCGGCCGGAUAAUCGAGGGCUCGGAGCGCAGUGUGCCAGGCGGGUGGCGGGAAGGUCAUGGCGGAGCCCGCGGCGCGACACCUGUCGCUGCCCUCCGGGCUGCUGGAGUUGUGCGCGCUGUUGGGCGCCUCUCAAGACAGCCUCCGCGGCCUGGAGCAGGAUGCAGCCAUCUGGGGGGGCGUGUGUAUGGCUUCGGAACCCAAAGAGGAUUACAUCCAUUUCCUGGUGCUCACGGAUGUCUGUGGGAAUAGAACCUAUGGUGUGGUUGCCCAGUACUAUCGACCCCUGCAUGAUGAAUAUUGUUUCUACAAUGGCAAGAGCCACUGGGAGCCCAGCAUGAGCUCAGCUAGGUGCUUUGUGCCUUUUGCAGUGUGUGUGGUGUCCCGGUUCCCAUACUAUAACUCCCUCAAGGACUGCCUCUCCUGUUUAUUGACUCAUCUGAAGCUCUGUAAAGAUUUUGAAGUUGACAAUCACAUAAAGGAUUUUGCUGCACGACUGUCCUUAAUACCUACUCCGCCACCUGGACCACUCCACUUGAUAUUUAAUAUGAAGCCGCUGCAGGUCGUCUUUCCCUCUCGAACGGACCCCGAGAGUCCCAUUGUUGACUUGGACCUUCACCUGCCCCUGCUGUGCUUCCGGCCUGAGAAAGUGUUGCAGAUCCUGACCUGUAUCUUGACGGAACAGCGCAUCGUGUUCUUCUCCUCAGACUGGGCCCUGCUGACGCUCAUGGCCGAGUGCUUCGUGGCCUACCUCCACCCCCUGCAGUGGCAGCACACGUUUGUGCCCAUCCUGUCCGGUCAGAUGCUGGACUUCGUCAUGGCCCCCACGUCUUUCCUCAUGGGCUGUCAUCUCGAACACUUCGAAGAAGUCAGAAAGGAAGCUGAUGGUUUGGUCCUGAUUGACAUUGACCAUGGGAGUGUCACCUGCUCCAAGUCUUCUGACGACAACAUAGACAUUCCUGAUGUCCCCCUUCUGCUGGCACAGACCUUCAUUCAGAGAGUUCAGAGUCUCCAGCUGCACCCGGAUUUGCACCUUGCCCACCUGAGUGCCAGCACAGACUUGAACGAGGGCCGAGCCCGCCGCCGAGCCUGGCAGCAGACUCUCAACUGCAAGAUUCAGCACAUCACUCUACAGCUGCUCGUUGGCAUCUUCAGGGAAGUGAAGAAUCACUUGAAUUAUGAGCACCGAGUCUUCAACAGUGAGGAGUUUCUCAAGACAAGAGCUGCAGGGGACCAGCAAUUUUACAAGCAGGUUUUGGACACCUACAUGUUCCACUCCUUUCUGAAGGCCCGGCUUAACGGCAGGAUGGACGCCUUUGCUCGGAUGGACCUCGACACUCAGUCUGAGGAGGACAGGAUAGACAGGAUGCUGAUAAGUCCGAGGAGACCUACUGUGGAGAAGAUGGCCUCCAGGAAGGCCUCACCCCUGCACAUCACUCACAGGCGCAUGGUGGUCAGCAUGCCCAACCUGCAGGACAUCUCCCUGCCCGAGCUGCCACCCAGGAACUCAUCGCUUCGGAUAAUGGACACCUCAAACUGCAGAAGCAGCAGUCCAGUUCUCAAAGUGACCCCUAAGUCAACAUAUACAUUCAAGAUCCCUGAUAUCCACUUCCCACUGGAGAGCCAGUGUGUGCAGGCAUACUAUACAGACUUUGUCACUCUCCUGAGCAAGGCCAUGAUGCUGUUGGGUCCUGGCGACUCUCUGCUGCUGGCCAGGUACUUCUACCUGCGUGGUCUUCUCCAUCUGAUGCAGGGACAGCUGCUGAGUGCCCUCUUGGAUUUCCAGAACCUGUAUAAGACCGACAUAGGGAUCUUCCCGGCUGAUCUGGUCAAGAGAACGGUGGAAUCCAUGUCGGCCUCCGAGCGGACCCAGGCCGAGCGGACGCCUGAGCUCAGGCGGCUCAUCACAGAGGUCUUUGAUAAGCAUGGCGAGGCUCCCAAGGCAGAUGACGCUGUGAAGAACUUCGAACUACCCAAGAAGCACAUGCAACUCAAUGACUUUGUGAAGCGGGUCCAGGAGUCGGGGAUCGUGAAGGACGCCAUCAUCAUCCACCGCCUAUUUGAUGCCCUGACCUUCGGACAUGAGAAACAGAUUGACCCCGAGACCUUCAGAGACUUUUACACCUGCUGGAAGGAGACUGAGGCAGAGGCACAGGAGGUCAGCCUGCCCGCACUGCUCAUGGAGCACCUGGAUAAGAACGAGUGUGUCUACAAGCUGUCGAGCUCCGUGAAGACCAACCGUGGAGUGGGCAAGAUCGCCAUGACCCAGAAGCGCCUGUUCUUGCUCACCGAGGGGCGGCCCGGCUACGUGGAGAUCGCCACCUUCAGGAACAUAGAGGAAGUCAGAAACAGCACCGUGGCGUUUCUCCUCCUGAAGAUACCUACCUUAAAGAUCAAGACGGUGGCCAAGAAGGAAGUCUUCGAGGCCAACCUCAAGUCGGAGUGUGACCUCUGGAACCUCAUGGUGAAGGAGAUGUGGGCCGGAAAGAAGCUGGCAGACGACCACAAGGACCCACAGUACGUCCAGCAAGCACUGACCAACGUCCUGCUUAUGGAUGCUGUAGUUGGCACGCUGCAGUCACCUAGCGCCAUUCAUGCUGCCUCCAAGUUGGCCUACUUUGACAACAUGAAGAAGAAAUCACCCAUGGCAGUCCCAAAGACAACCUCUGAGACUCUAAAACACAAGAUUAACCCUUCAGCCGGAGAGACCGCUCCCCAAGCCAUUGAAGUCCUGCUGUAUACGCCAGGGCGCCUGGAUCCUGCAGAGAAGGUUGAAGAUGCUCACCCCAAGUUGUGGUGUGCCCUAAACGAAGGCAAAGUGGUCGUGUUUGACGCCUCCUCUUGGACCGUCCACCAGCAUUGCUUUAAAGUGGGUUCCUCGAAAGUGAACUGUAUGGUGAUGGCGGAGCACAGCCAGGUGUGGGUGGGCUCAGAGGACUCUGUCAUCUACAUCAUCAAUGUCCACAGCAUGUCCUGCAACAAACAGCUCACGGAUCACCGUUCUCCGGUCACUGGCUUGGCUGUGCACAAUGGGAAGAAGCCCAGUGAGAUCUACUCCUGUAGUCUGGAUGGGACGGUCAUCGCAUGGAAUGUCAGCACACUGCGAGUGAUCAGCCGCUUCCAGCUGUCAUACGGUGGCCUCCUGUCCAUCAGCCUGCACAAUGACCGCAUAUGGUGCUGUACAGUUCACAAGAUCUUGGUGGUGACCCCGCAGGGCUUUGUUCAUCAAGAGCUGAAGCAUCCCAAAGACUCUCCCUUCCUGGCCUUCCAACUCCUGCCUGAGGAGCAGCAGCUGUGGGCGGCCUCUAAGGGGGCCAGUGAGCUGUACAUCUGGAGCCUGAAGGACCUGGACCAGCCUCCUCAGAAGGCUUGCUUACAAGACUGCACCGAGGUCACCUGUAUGAUCCGAGUGAAGAGGCAGAUCUGGGUGGGCGGCAGGGGGCUGUCUCAGGGUAAAACCGGAGGGAAGAUCUACGUGAUGGCCGUGGAGAAGGUGACGGUGGAAAAGGAGCUGGUGGCGCACUCGGACACUGUGAAGACCCUGUGUUCUGCCGAGGACCGCUAUGUACUGAGCGGAGCGGGUCAGGAGGAGGGAAAGAUCGCCAUCUGGAAGGUCGAGUGAGAGCUCUGUGCUGAACCGGUGCAGUCCUGUGAGGGGGCCGUCUCCCGACCCACCGCUGUCAGUGGCCAGCUAGCUGGGGCCUGUCUGCUCCGGUGCCCUCACCUCCUUGGGUGAGCAGCUACAGCUUACUGCUGAUGACCUCCACUGUAAAGUUACCUCAUGUUACCUAGAAACUUCCAGAAUCCACAACUAGAAGCCAGCACCCGAGCUGCCAACUCAGCUGAAUCACGUGUGACCUGGGGUCCUCUAGGCUGGCCUCUCCUCUUCGUGUUUACUCUCAAACACUUGGGCUCAUUGCCAUUGGUGUAUGGCAAUGGCUAGUGUGUCACAGUCAGCCACAGAAACAGCCUGAUUCCAGAGAGACCUCUGAGCAUUCGAAGGUAAUCACCGACCGAACUGGCUUGCACUGGGCAGGUGAUUCCUCCUUCAGGGAAGGUGACCAAGGCCUGCCCCAGGGAGGGGACAGUACUGGUCAGGUUUGUCUGUGUAGAAGUUGGGCAGCUGAGCGGCUCUGUCUUAACAUUAAAGUUUUAAUGAAGACACCGACGACUACAGGCAGGAAGCACAUCCCACAAGCACUGGCUCGUGGCAUAGCUGCACUUUGUGUGGACACAACGCCUGUCUCUAUUGAACUGUACAUAGGCUAUCUGCACGGAGGCUUGUGAAUGUGUUUACCACAUUGGCCCAAUCUCAUUCUGCAAGUGUUCUGUGAGGUGGGUUUGAAUGGAUGCUGGACACGUAGAAGAAAUGGCCUAUCUCCUGUGUAUCCUCCUGUGAGUUCUGCAUGGAGCCCUCGGGAUCCCCUGCCUUGGGUUUUUAAGGCUCCACGCCCACCACUGGAGAGGCAGUCACUAAGAGGUUACCAGUGGUCCAGAGGUACUUGAGCUCAUGCAUGUGAAGACCCAGGCCUGAAGAGUCUGUGUCACUGACUGCUGGCUCCCUUGAGGUGUGGCUCCCUAGAACACAGUGCAGGGGAUCUCAGAGCUACACCCCUCCCUGGAGUUCGUGCUCCCUGAGGGGUAUUCCGUAUGUCCAGAGGAACAAUGUGGCCAGCAGCCAAGGGCACAAGUUCACACUGUAUUUGUAAAAGUCGAUCACAAAUGCAUUCUAAGUUAUUUAAUGUCAGUCCAUGUAUGACCAGGUGUUUACAACUUGUGAUA